ACAGAUACAGUCAUUUACACACGUAGGCCAGUAAAGCGAUAACCGCGGUACUGGGACUCCACGCAGGUUCCCAGGACACGUCUUUUACAUUGUUACCGAACAGAUCAGCGAACACAGACAAACGGGCCAACACUUAAAUCUACUCGCUGGAUUUCAUCUCCAUGGCAACAAGCAUGGAAGGCCAAGAGGUGACUCCAGCAGGAAUUCUGAAGAGCCAAAAUGAUGUGACAGUGAAUAAUGAGUAGUACCUACUGUGGCAACUCUUCAGCUAAGAUGAGUGUCAACGAAGUGUCAGCUUUCUCGUUGACUCUGGAGCAAAAAACUGGCUUCGCUUUUGUUGGGAUUUUGUGUAUCUUCUUGGGACUUCUUAUCAUCAGAUGCUUCAAAAUCCUGUUAGACCCAUAUAGUAGCAUGCCUUCCUCUACAUGGGAAGGUGAAAUUGUAGAGUUUGAUAAAGGGACAUUUGAACAUGCACUUGCCUGAGUGUUCCAGCUUUAUAGUUUCUAGGGUUAUACCACUGGGGCACAUGGUGGACACAACUGUAAUUUCCUUCAGCGUGCUGGAGGAAGAUCAUUUCAUUCACUGAAUUCAAUAAACGUGUAUGGUUAAUUUAUCCACCAUGCUGUGUUAGUGAUAAACCAUUGUUGGGGUUCCUCACUUUCCUCUGUCCUCACAUUGAGGUUUCUAAUGAAUAGAGCAUAAGGAUAACUCCAGCCACAUAUAAUAUCUUUAUUCUUCCUGCAUCUGCCCCUAUGCAACACCCAGACACUCUCUCCAUAUUCCUGACUGCCCCCCCCCUUGCUCUAGAGAAUUAGGUGUCAAAGAUAAGGACCCCUCAGUCCAAAGAAUAAAUAGAAUAUGAUUUUCCUAAUAAUAGCCAUAGGUCCACAAUGUUCAUACAAACCCUACAAGCAAGCAUAGGCCAUAAAGUUCCCCAAAUGUCACAAUUUGACACUUCUAUUUCUUCUCCUUCUAGGAUCUCUUGCAAUAAAAUCCCCUAGCUUGGGAUCAUACUGAUACUCCCUCCUCUUCCCCUUUUAUAAAUAGCAAUAAAAAGGGAGUUUUCAUCAUCACCUGGUGGAAACAAGAAGUCCAGUCUCUGCCACCAAUAGAGCUAUCAACCUUGGCCAAGUCAUCU